AUGGCUUUAAUUCACGAUUUAGCAGAGUCGGUCAUAGGGGAUAUCCCAACGUUCGCCGGGGUUGCAAAAGGCCGAAAAUACGACAUGGAACGCAACGGAUUCCAAUAUUUAGAAAACCUGCUCCAAACUUAUAGCCCCAAAAAAGCAACAGAAAUCAGCGACCUAUGGUUGGAAUACGAACAAGGCGAAACACCAGAAGCCAAAUGGGUAAAGGAGAUGGACAAGUUUGAGUGUCUAGUUCAGGCGCACGAAUACGAACAGAAAACCUUUGGUAAAGCAGAUCUUGACGAGUUUCAAGGGCUUCGAGCGAAGAUUCAUUCCAAAGAAGCAACCCAGUGGGCCGAGUCCUUAUGUCGGGAAAGGGACGAUCAUCUCGCCAAACGAAAAAGGCGACUACCUAUCAUCUUCCUCGCCGGCGAUCCUACCACCUGCGAAACGGUCGCCAACCACGUCUCAGGGGAACUUUUGCUUCACCAUAUUUCUGUGAAUAAAACACUUCGCGAAAGGUCGGAAGACCCCCAAUAUCGCCAUCACAGAAUCAUCAAGAGUUGUCUGGAUAAAGGGUUUGAAGUGCCGGCUAGUCUGAUUGUCGAAGUCCUCGAAAAUGAGAUCAAAGCCGUGGAUGGACGAACGCGGACAAUUAUCUCCGGAUUUCCGAAUGACACAGAGCAGCUAUUGGAAUUUGAAGGCAAGGUUCAAAACUGCAAUUACGCCUUUUACGUGGAAUAUCCUCCCCACACUGAUGAUCAAAGGCGAAAGGCAUCAAUUUCGCAGGAUACCGAGAAUGCGUGGAGGUCUUCAGAUGUGCAUUUCAAGGAUGUUCUGAAGAGUUCUGCCGCGUAUUUCGAAGUGAUCGGUUCUAACACUGAUCAGCAGUCAACAAUGUCCGAACUUGACCUCUGCAAAUUGGCAGUAGACUCGAUCCGGUCUUUUAUCACGAUUUUCAGUGCAGAGACAUGA